AUGAUGAAGCUGGUGGUGUUGUCUUGUAUGAUGGCGGCGGCCUCCGCCUCUGGCUUGUGGGCUGGCUACGUGGCACCGUACGCGCCGUUGGCUUACUCCGCGGCCUACCUUCAGCCUUACAACUACCGGGGACCACUGUCCCUUGCUCCCGGCCAACCCGCCAACAUUUUGGGCUCCGACGGCAGGCCUUUGGACACCCUCGACGUAAACUUGGACCGGUCGGCUCACCUUACCGCUAAGGCUCUUGCUGGUGACGUCCACUUGCUGAAGAAGCGGUCAGUGUUCGCUGCUCCCCUCAUCACUCCCUACGCUCAUCUCGCUUACGCCGCUUCCUACCUUCAGCCAUCGAACUACCGUGGUCCCCUAUCCCUCGCUCCAGGCCAACCUGCCAACAUCCUCGCCGCUGACGGCAGGCCUCUGGACACCUUGGACGUCAACCUCGACCGUGCCGCCCACUACACCGCCAAAGCCCUCAACGGAGUUCACAUCCUGAAGAAACGGUCAGCUGCCUUCAUCGCCCCCGUAGCCCCCGUUGCCGCCGUCAGCCCCAUCGCCGUCGCCCGUGCCCCACUGGUCGCUCACAGCUACGCCAACACUGCACCCAUUGCCCGGAUUAGCCCCUACUCAUAUGCCCCAUUCGCCCACUACUAUUAA